AUGGGGCUCGCUGCGAGAGCCGACGAUGACGUGCCCUUUGGCUGGGUGAGGGAAGGCAACUUCAUUGUUCCCUGGUGGCAUAGCAGGACGGGCAUCAUUGUUAAAUGGGUCAUCUUCCUCGUCCUCUUUGCCCUCAUCAUGGGAUACAUCGUCGGAGGAUACCUGCACGCCAGGGCCAGACUCAGAAAGGGACUGCCUCCGUUGGCGUACCACAGGUGCUUGGUCGGUCGACGAGCAAGACAACCGGCCCAGUAUCAAAACGGAUGGCCUCAGGCCAACUACGGCUACUACCAGCCAAACGCCUACCCAAUGAACGACAUGAACGCGCCUCCCGUCUACGACCCCAACCGUCCUCCCGUCUACAUGGCCCCGCCGCCCGACGGGGGUUCAAAGGUCGACCCUUCACAGUGGAGGAACGAGCCGACGGCGCGCGCCCCCGAGGCCAACCCGGCUCCCGACUACCAUAGGUAA